UGAAAAAAGUUAAUUAUAUGUUAAUUUAUAGAAAAGAACAAAAAAGAAGCUUCGUUACCUAGUAUCUAUAGGAAAUUCCAUGUCAUAUUACUAAAGAAUUUACAUAUUUGUCAAGAAUUAUAGAGUUUGUUACAAAAGAAAGAUAAUUCUGAUCUGUCUUGUUUCCCCUGAAAUCUUUGAUUUGUUGCAACCCCAAAAACUAUCACAUUUGGCUGGCAAAUUGAGUUUUCAAGUUUUUAUCUUUUCCUCUUCAAUGCACAUUUCUCAAAAUUUCGAGCUUUCACCUUCAAUAGUCGUCAAAAACCAAUUUUCUCGAAGACCCUUUUGAACAUUUUCAGACUCGAGGGAAUCGUUGUUGCCUUCUUCUUAGUGCUGAAAAUUUAAGAGCAGAAAGAUACAUUCUGAUAUAGAAAAAACUGCCAUAUGGCUGGUGACAGAUUGUAGCACCACAUUUUCCUUUGGGUUUCAAAUAUUGAAGGCCAGAUAUGUCUGUGCAGGAUGAAAAUUCUGAUACAAAAGAAGUAAUAUGUCCCCAGAGAAGGCUAACAAAUCUGAUGCAUCAUGGUGGGAACAAGUUCUGCGCUGAUUGCGGAACUCCAGAGCCAAAAUGGGUAUCUUCGAGUCUUGGAGUAUUUAUUUGCAUCAAGUGUUCUGGCAUACACAGAAGUCUAGGAGUCCACAUAUCAAAGGUUCUAUCGUUGAAGCUAGAUGAAUGGACAGAUGAACAAGUUGAUGCAUUAGCAAAAUUAGGAGGAAAUACACUAUUAAACAAGAAGUAUGAAGCUUGCCUCCCAAGUAACAUGAGAAAACCAAAACCACAUUCUUCCAUUGAAGAGCGCUCUGAAUAUAUUCGGAGAAAAUAUGAGUUCCAACAGUUUAUGGGGUGUGAUGACAAUGUGGCAGGCCCCAUUAUCCCAUCUCAAGGAAGAAGUGUAUCACUUGCUCAGUGCAGCUCUUCAUACUAUCAUGCUCUUAUGGACAAAAAACCAUCUGAAAGAUUUCCAGGCAAAACUCGAAUUGGGAAUGCAUUCCGAAAUAGUUGGGGAAGAAAAGAUUCUGAGCACAAGUCAAAGAAAAGUACCUCAUUGGCAGGUAUGGUUGAAUUUGUUGGGUUGAUUAAGGUUAAUGUUGUUAGAGGCACUCACCUAGCUGUUCGAGACGUAAUGACUAGUGACCCUUAUGUCAUCCUUUCUUUGGGACACCAAUCAGUAAAAACACGAGUCAUAAAGAACAAUUUAAAUCCAGUGUGGAAUGAAAGUCUAAUGCUUUCAAUUCCAGAGAACAUUCCUCCUCUAAAAGUGGUAAGUUCGUUCAUUUUCUCACUUUCUGCUAAUCAUAAAUGGUUGCUAUUUGUGUUUGUGCUCUUGUACCAUAAUCAUAUUUGUACUAGUAAAACAGUAACAAUCUCAUGAAUGUGCAGAAUAUAUUUUGAGACUUCAUAUACAAUUAUUUUAGUAACUGAUCAAUUUAAUUCCUGCAACACUAAUAUUCAUUCUUUCUCAUUUCCCCCUAAACUUGGAACAUGGCUUCACAAGAUUACUGUAAGGUUAAAUAUCUUUUU